AAUUUUCUUAUUUUUUGGUAGCCACUCUUGCUCUCUUGUAAGUUUGACUGCUGCACGGAAAGGAGGUCACCUUGGAGUGUCAUUCAAAUUUUAGCGGGGUUUGGUGUUCCAUCGUGUUUCGACGUUUUUAACAGUUUUUACCAUUUCUAAGUGAAUAUCUUGUUGAAGAAGUAAAGAUGGGUGGAAAGUGGUCUAGCAUGGAUCCUUCUCAAGUCGAAGUACCGGAAUUGCAGGCAAUGUUAGAAAGAGAUCCAUACUUAAAGCCCUAUGAACACGAGUUCCGUAAAAGAUAUGCAUUGUUCAAAGAUUAUAUUGAAAAAGUAGAGGCUGGUGAUGGCACUUUAGAUAAAUUUACGAAAGGAUAUGAAAAAUUUGGAAUCCAUGUAAACAAAGAUAACAGUGUAAAUGUACGAGAAUGGGUACCUGGAGCACAGGAAUUAUUUCUAACAGGAGAUUUUAAUGGUUGGAAUAGGACAAGUAAUUCAUUUAAGAAAUUAGAUUAUGGGAAAUGGGAAUUGUAUUUACCUCCCCAGGCCGAUGGAAGUUGUCCUUUAAAGCAUCUUUCAGAAGUAAAACUAAUUGUAAAGGAUCAUAAUAAUGAAUUAUUGGAACGGAUAAGUCCAUGGGCUACAUAUGUUACCCAGAAUAAAGCUGAGAGUUUAAUGUAUAAACAACGUAUAUGGUGUCCAUCAUCAGAAAAUGUUUAUAAAUUUAAACACCCCAAGCCAAAGAAGCAUAAGAGUCUUAGAAUUUACGAAUGUCAUGUUGGUAUUGGAACUCAGGAACAAAAAAUUGGUUCCUACUUAGAAUUUGCUAAAAAUGUCAUUCCUCGUAUUGUGAAACAGGGAUAUAAUACAAUACAGUUAAUGGCUAUUAUGGAACAUGCCUACUAUGCCAGUUUUGGUUAUCAGGUGACCAAUUUUUAUGCUGCUUCAUCUCGUUACGGUACACCAGAAGAAUUAAAAGAAUUAAUAGAUGUAGCACAUGAACAUGGUUUAUAUGUUUUAUUGGAUGUAGUGCAUUCUCAUGCAUCCAAAAAUACAUUAGAUGGAUUAAAUAUGUUUGAUGGCACUGAUAGUUGUUUCUUCCAUGCUGGUCAUCGUGGACAGCAUCCACUUUGGGAUAGUAGACUUUUUAAUUAUGGAGAAUAUGAAGUACUCAGAUUUUUACUCUCGAAUUUACGUUGGUAUAUUGAAGAGUAUGGUUUUGAUGGAUUUAGAUUUGAUGGUGUGACAUCUAUGUUAUAUCAUUCAAGAGGAUUUGGACAGGGGUUUAGUGGUCAUUAUGAUGAAUAUUUUGGUCUUAAUGUUGAUGUUGAAGGAUUAGUCUAUUUAAUGCUUGCAAAUGACUUGUUACAUAAUUUUUAUCCGGAAAUCACUACAAUAGCAGAAGAUGUUAGUGGAAUGCCUGGAGUUUGCAGGCCAGUCAAUGAAGGUGGCUUAGGAUUUGAUUAUCGAUUAGCUAUGGCUAUUCCAGAUAAGUGGAUUAAACUUUUAAAAGAAGUGAAAGAUGAAGAUUGGAAAAUUAAUGAUAUUUGUUGGACAUUAAGUAACCGAAGAUGGAUGGAGAAAACUGUUGCUUACUCAGAAUCUCACGAUCAAGCUCUUGUAGGUGACAAGACAAUUGCAUUUUGGCUCAUGGAUAAAGAAAUGUACACACAUAUGAGCACAAUAAGUCCACCUAGCACAAUUAUUAGUCGCGGAAUUGCUCUUCACAAUCUUAUUACAUUAAUCACACAUGCAGUGGGAGGAGAAGCUUAUUUAAACUUUAUGGGUAAUGAGUUUGGACAUCCUGAAUGGUUGGAUUUCCCUCGAGCCGGUAACGGAGAUAGUUAUCAUUAUGCUAGACGGCAAUGGAAUCUAGUAGAUGAUGAAAUUUUAAAAUAUAAAUUUAUGAAUAAUUGGGAUCGUGCUAUCAAUACCCUUGAAGAACAAUAUGGAUGGUUGCAUGCUAAUCCUGCAUAUAUAAGCUGGAAGCACGAAGAUGAUAAAGUUAUCGUUUUCGAUCGUGCUGAUCUUACAUUUGUUUUCAAUUUUCAUCCACAAAAAUCAUUUCCUGAUUACACUAUUGGAGUAAAGAAUCCAGGAACUUAUAAAAUUCUGUUAUGUAGCGAUAGUAAAGAAUUUGGUGGAGACGAUCGUGUCGAUACUAGUGUCAAACAUUUUACUAUGCCAGAAGGAUAUUCUGCAUAUUCGAAUAGAACGAUGGUUUACAUUCCUUGUCGCACCGCAAUUGUCUAUGGUCGAGAAACGUGAUCACAUAUGGGUAUAGCCGAAAUAAGAACUAAUAUUAAGUCCUACGUGCAAAGAAAAUGAAAUUAUUUUUUGUACCAAAGUUUAAAACCAAAAUCUUUUUUAAAAAAUUAUACUCGUAGAAAAAGUACAAAUUUUCUCGAAACUCAACAUAACUCUUUACCACACUAUACUUUGACACAAAACUUCACACAUAUUUAUUCAAAAUCGUACUAUACUCAAUACAAAUAUACUCACUAAUCUUCUUA